AACAAAAUGGGUGGCGCCAAAGCUUGACAACAAAGCGGCUGUUGGCUGCCUGCAACGGACAGUCAGCGUCUGAGUGAACCACAUUUCCGCUGUGUUAAAAGUUUUAUGUCCACAAAGAAGUUCUGAAUUAAACGAAGGUGCAAAGUGGAGUUUCUCAGUUUGAAUAAAUAGCUGAAAAGUUUCCCGUUAGAGCUGUGAAAUGUCAUCAUGGCUUCGAAGACGACAGACCAACUUCUUAUCGUUGUGUCCAUCCUGGAAGGUCGUCACUUCCCAAAGAGUCCUCGCCUCAGUCUGGUGGUCCAGGCGAGCUUUGACGGCGAGCAGCUGGCCACAGACCCAGUAGAGCACAGAGACCAGCCGCAGUUCAGCACCGAGCUGGCCUGGGAGCUUGACCGCAGGACUCUGCACCAACACAGACUGCAGAGAACUCCCAUCAAGCUCCAGUGUUUCGCUGUUGACUCUGUGAGUAAGAAGAGAGAGAGUGUCGGCUACAUCGUCCUGGACCUCCGAUCUGUGCAAGAGGUCAGACAGGAGCCUCGCUGGUAUCCGCUGCUGAGCAGUAAAUACACCAAACAAAGACCAGCCCUCCUCCUCAGCAUGGUGCUGGAGAGCGACGCCAAGCCCUCUGAACCCUCUCCUGAUAGGUUCAAAGCCAAGAAGGCCCCGCCCCGACAAGGUUCUCCUGCAAUAACUCACCUGCUCCCAGACAGCCUGGAGGCCACACUGAUCCCAGACCAGGGUUACCAUCAAGUCGGACCUGCGGAUCACUGCUCUGACAUGUUCAUCCUGUCCGUCACUGUGGCCUUUGCUACCAAACUAGAACAGUUGAUCCCCAGCACUAUGAAACUGUCAGCGGAGGGGUCGGAGUUCUUCUUCUACUACUCUUUACUGGGGAACGACAUCACCAGUGAGCCUUUCCACAACCUGCUGAGCCCCGACUUCGAGCCGGAGCGCGCCUCUGUGCGCAUCCGCAGCAGCAAACAGAUCCUCCAGACCUUCCUGUCUCAGCAGCCCAGUUUACAGAUCCACCUGUGCUGUGGGAAUCACUCUCUGGGCAGCACAGACGUUUCUCUCUCAGCUCUGUCCGCUGUUUCUGUGGAUCUGGAGAACAAGGCAGCGACGGUGGAGGGAGCAUUUAUACUCCAACCUCCUAAACGCGUCAAACAGACGCUGCCGGCUCUGCCCGCAGACCUGCAGCCGACUGUAGGAGUGGCCGUCACCCUGAGGAGGGAGCAGGUCACGCCACAGUCUUUAGGGAAUAAAGAAGGAAGUGGAGCGCCGACACACGCCAACCCUCUUCCUUCUGUCCCUCCCUCUGUUUCUCCUGCUAAACUGAGACCUCGAAGCUCCUCUCCAGUCCGAAAACCUCCCGACUCUUCUCCUCCCGGUCCUUCUCUUCCCCCUCCGUCCUCUCAUACAGAGAGCGAAGCGGAGAGUCUUCUGGAGGAGCUCCGACACGGCAAAGACCAGGCAGGACUGGCAGCUGCAGAUCUGGGGGUUCCUGUGCAGCAGCAGAGUCAGACUGAAGCUACAGCAGAGGGUGGAGCAUCAUCUGUCAGUGUCUCUGCUCCUAAAGUGUCCAUCCCCUCCUCCGCCCAUCACUACUGCUUCUCUCUGGACCUCCGCAGCCUGGGAAACCUCAGCCUCACACACCCCAUAGCUGCUACCCUCAGGUAUUCGUAUCAGUUCUUUGGCAGUGCAGCUCCCAUCAUGACCAACCCUCCCGUGGAGCUGCAGAGGAACAUGGAGGCGUCUCUGCCUCAGUCCUACUGCGCCUUCGACUUCGCCGCUCUGCCGCAACAACUACAGGACACCUUCCUCAGAGUCCCGCUGGUGGUGGAGGUUUGGCACAGAGACUCCACCAGCAGAGACCAGCUGAUAGGGCGAGCCUCCAUCCAGCUGUCCCACCUGCUGAGCUCUGAGAGGAGCAGAUUCCUGGCAUCAACAGGAGAGCAGAGCUGGAGACAAACUCACCAGGACCAGAUCCCCGUGGUCCAAACACACCGUCCUGGUGAAAAGGUGGCAGAGUUGAGCUAUGUGGCAACACUGGAGGACCUGGGAUUGGUCAAAGCCAGAGAAGUCAUCGUGUCCGACUCUUCACAGAACGAACCUGCAGUCCCCACACAGCCGUCCUCCCACCCUGUAGCACCCGGACCUGCUGCACCCAGCCUGAACCCCACCCCGCUGGGCCCCACGCCUCCAGCCGCCCCCAGAGACACCCUGGAGUACCGCACGGCCCUGGAGCUGGAGCUGUGGAAGGAGGAGCAGGAGGAUCUGUUCGAUGAUCAGUUGAGGAAGAAGGAGCUGAGCCACAUGCAGGCUCUGGCGGAGGAGUGGAGGAGGAGAGACAGAGAGAGAGAAGCUCUGGUCAAGAAGAAGGAGGUGGAGUACAACCUGUUGGAGGAGCGGCUUCAGAAGACUCUGUCUGAUCUGGAGAAAAGAGAGAAACAGCUGGUUGAGGCCGAGCAGGAGACUCAGAGGCUGCAGAGGGAGCUGCGGGCCGAGCACGAUCUGACCCAGAGGGAGCUGCAGGAGAGCAGCAGGAGGCUGCAGCAGGAGUAUGACCACCGGGUGGCGCUGGAGAGAGACAAAGCCCGACUGAUGGAGGAGGAGAGAGGCCGGCUGCUGCAGCAGAUUGCAGACGGGGAGUCUCGGUAUAAGCAGCUGGAGAAAGAGUUCCAGCUGUACAGAGAACAGCAACACGUCAGGCCUGAGUUCAGACUGCAGUCAGAGAUCAACCUACUGACUCUAGAGAAGGUGGAGCUGGAGAGGAAGCUGGAGUCCACCACCAAGUCCAAGCUGCACUACAAGCAGCAGUGGGGGCGCGCCUUAAAAGAGCUGGCCAGGUUCAAACAGCUGUUGGAGAAACACACUCAUUUAUCUCUAAUGGGAGUCCCAGUCGUCCCCGUUCCCCUUCGUGUUUUAUCCAUCACAUCCCCAAAAACCCCUCAUCCAGCGGCGGUGAAAAACUCCCCCUGAACUCCCACAGGUGGCAGACUGCUCAGAAAACUACAUCUGAGCUGAUUAAAGUGCGUCCACAUGUGAGCGAUGGGAUGAAAGUGUUUGCAUGAGACGUCCUCCCCCAGCGCCUCCAACUGUGGACCUCUGAAAGUGGAGACAAGUAAUGGAGGGAAGACGGAGGGGAACCUGGGGAGGAGAAGUCAUUCUCUGGUCAUCCGUCCCAAAAAUCAGCCCCCGACUGUCUCAAACCGCAAUCCUGCUCGCCUGGACUUCCUCUCGGAGCUCUCAGUCCCUCUGCGGUUCACAGCUUGUCUACACUUUAACAUCAUUUGGCCUGUUUGAACUGGACGUCAUCUUCUGGUGCCUCUGUCUUGAGCUGCAUGAUACGGAUAUCGUGUUUCGUGUGUGAUGUCAAGGAGAACGUCCUCUUAAUGGACGACAUGUUAACUAAUGAGUCAGCCAUCUUCGUCAUGACCCACGUUCAUGUGAACCUAACAUGGAUGCUCCUGUCACAUGGGGGCCGACUAACAGUCCCAUGACCUACAGAUGACACGACCACCGACGAGAACCGGACAUACAGGACAGAAAGCCUCGAACUGCAGAUGGAGGUUUUAUAUUUGUAAAACUUUCGCAGAGCCUAGAAAAAGCGCUUUUAAUGUGCGUGACGUCAUCCCAAUGUAAAGUCUGUGGGAGCGGGAACACAGGGGCGGGGCCAGCAGGAGAAACGCUAAUGAGCAUGUGCAGACGGCCGCACACCGCAGAAGCUAGAAUAUGUUUUUGGCCUUUUCAGCUAUUUUUAUUGAAAUGAAUAGGUGCCAUAUCGGAGUCUAGUACCCAGUUUGUAUAACCCAUCCACUGACAUAACACACUGUCUUGCAGCCAUAUUGGAGGCUCUGACCUUAUUUAGCAGUCAGGUGCAUUUCCAAAGCUGGGUUUAUACUUGGCACAAAGGGUUGAUGGGAGUCUCGCUGUAGAUCUGUAGUUCAGUGUCAGUUCGUUAAAGCUUUUCCUCCGUUUAGUUUGAACUUUUUUUUAUGUAGUUGAGCAGAAAACAACUCUGCUUUAGUUUCUUGAGGGAAUCGAAAGGAGCACAGUUGGUCGUCGCUCCCAUGUGUCGCAGGACGUUUGCGUAAAGUUGAACGUUGCUCGUCUUCCACGCCUGGGCGCCUUUUUAGAUUAUUGGUGGGCAGAACCAGGAAUUCCUGUUACGUUUCCAGUGUCUGUAGCAUUCAGAUUGAACUGAUUUUUCUUUGGAUCGUUCAGAAGUUUUCCUUUUAUGUCGUCGUAAAUGUCAUGUCCUCCCGUCUUUAUUUCUGACCGUGCAGCAAACAGCAGUGCUAAGAGCUGAAGCCAAUGUUCCCAUCCAUUAAAGUCUGUACGAAAACAAACAAGAGUUUAAUGUGAACUCCAGAGCUGCCAAUAUUAAAACCAAACAUCAAAUUGAAAUCAUCAUCAUGUAUGACAAAAUUAAUGUUACGUGUCCUCUGGUUGUGGAUUUGGUUACUUAGGACCAAAGAUGACACACUUGUUGUGUUUUCUACAGUAUCUGCACCGAGCCCGUCCUCUGCUGCUCGCCACGAUGGUGUCAGCUGUAGCUGCUGGGAGACUCAUGACGUAACUGUAAAAUAACUGCUGCAGGGAGUUUUAGGCCCCCCCCCCACCGAGGCCUCUGUAUCACCUCGUCCUCUAAUUGUUUCAGGACUCUGCCUCAGAUUGUCCUUGGCAGCGGGCACUAGAGAAAAUGUUUAGCCUGUUUGUUUUUCUAGUAAUUAGCCUUAAAACGGCCUGUAAUACAGACUGCUAAUGGUCCACAGAGAGCUGAGCCUGUGUCAACACACCGUCUGUGUGUGUGUGUGUGUGUGUGUGAAUGAUGUGUUCAUGAGAGAUGUGUGUUUUCGUGUGUGUGUUUUUUCUGUUAGGAGGUGAGGUGAUCAGGCGUGUGAAAAUGGAAGCUUUCCGUGUGUGAGCGUUCGGGCAGUAAUGUGAAAAUGUUGGUUUUCCCAUCCAGAAUCAGCCGACUGGCCGUUCUGCUCUGCAUCACCAGAACACACAGACAGAUUCCAGCUUCUCGAAUCACCUUCCCACUGCCUGCAGUCUGCCGGUUGGCAUGUUUUCCACUUUUUUCACGUUAGCAGAGCAGCUGACGGACGGGGAGUCGGCCGGUCUGUUCAUCCAGCACUUGUCGGCUCAUGAGAAUAUAUUUAAAUAACAGCUUAAUAGGUUCGAAUUGAAAUUUAUUGAGGGUUCAGGGUUUGAACCAGAGCGGCAGAUUUCCCCGGCAGGUUCUUGGGUGUAAACCUGCAACCUUUAAAUUGUGUCCCUUCUGAUUUAUAAUCAAAGGUCUGAGGGAAGCAGAGAGCAGCUCUGACUCCAAAUUAGUGUUUUUGUUUUCCCUGCCUAGACUGCUUCCUUGAUUUAUUAACGUCCAGCUGUAAGCCAGUAGACGCAGCCCAGAUUGGUAUUAUGGGUAAUUUUGGGAAGUUUGACCGGACUGAGCUGGAGGCCGGAGCAGCUGAGAGAAAUACGACUUUUAGACGUUUUUAUGGCGAUUUCUUUCUGUUCUCAUCGUGUUGGUCUUCGUGUGAAUUCGUCAAGUCCUGCAGCAUUUUUCUCAGGGAGGUUUUAUGAAAAUGUGAAACCAGACAAAUUUAUCACCAAACUGCACUCUGUGUAAUGAGGAGAAACAGUUCCUUGGCAUCUAAACGCACACAUUUCAGCGCCGGGGUCAGAGGAUUAUUUUUAAAUGUUCUCAGUUCAGAUUGGAUCAGUAGACCAGUGCGGGGCGUCGAGACUCAAGUCAGGUUCAAGCUGCAGAAACUAAACACGUCUGAGAACAUCGUGAUGGUCUCAAGGUGACUGCGAGGCUUAAACGCUCACAGUCAGACAAUCUGUGCUGAUCACUGCUGCAGCUGUUUAAUGAAAGUUACUUGAAUAUUUACAGC